AUGCCUUUCGGAUUAAAGAACGCUGGGGCUACAUACCAGAGAACGGUGAACAAGAUGUUUGCCCACCAGAUCGGGCGGAACAUGGAAGUUUACGUGGAUGACAUGAUUGUAAAAAGCCAAGAAGCAGGAGCUCACCUUGCCGACCUGGCCAAGGCAUUCGCCACCCUGCACAAGUUCGGCAUGCGACUCAACCCCGUGAAGUGUGCUUUCGGCGUCACCUCGGGAAAGUUCCUCGGGUUCGUCAUACAUAAAAGAGGAAUUGACGCCAACCCAGAGAAGGUCCAGUCAAUAAUCAACAUGCAAUCGCCUCGGACGAUCAAAGACCUGCAACGCCUUAAUGGGAGGCUUGUCGCCAUGUCUCGUUUCCUUGCCCGAUCAGGUGACCGCUGCCUCCCCUUCUUCAGGGCGCUGAAGAACCCGAAGGAUUUUCGAUGGAUGACCGAAUGCGAUGAGGCCUUCAAACAAAUGAAGCAACACUUGGCCAGCCUCCCUCGCCUUGCCUCAGUCUCUCCUGGGGAGAGGCUAGGCCUCUACCUAGUUGCCUCGCAGCACGCAGUCAGUUCCGUUCUGGUCAAAGAAAACUCCGGCGAACAGCUUCCGGUCUACUAUGUCAGCCAUGUCCUGAACGGGCCCGAGGAGCGAUACCCACCGAUUGAAAAAUUAGCACUCGCGCUCGUCCUGUCAGCCCGGAAACUACGCCCUUACUUCCAGGCUCACCCAGUGGAGGUCAUCACCGACCAACCACUUCGGCAGAUCUUGUCUAAAUUUGAUGUUGCAGGACGCCUUCUCAAGUGGGCGGUGGAGCUCGGCGAGCAUGACAUACAAUACGUACCCAGGACCGCCAUCAAAGCCCAGUCCGUGGCCGACUUCAUCGCAGAAUUAACCCAAAUCGCGGAUGUGGAUCUCGAGCAACCUCUCGAAGCAUGGGUCCUACACGUGGACGGAUCGGCCAACUCAAAGGGCGUCGGCGCAGGGCUAGUUCUACUAGCUCCCGACGGACGCUUGUUCGAGCGUUCCCUCCGCUUCGGGUUCCAAGCCACUAAUAACAAGGCGGAAUACGAGGCGCUCGUAGCAGGACUCAGGCUGGCCCUCGAAAUGCAAGUGGCUGCCAUACACGUCCUCACCGACUCGCAACUGGUAGCCGAGCAACUCAACGGCGGAUAUGAGGCUCAGGACCCAACCAUGGCAAAGUACCUAGCACAGGUAAGGAACUUGACCACCAAAUUCCCUCAUUUUACGUUAUCUAAUGUUCCGAGGGAAGAGAACGAGCGAGCCGGCGCGCUAGCCAAGCUGGCGUCAAGGCCAGCCCCCGAAGCCCGGCCCGAGGUCGAGGAGCUCCCUGCCCGUGCCAUCGAAAUCGCAGCUGCGGCCUCGGGAAGCGCGCCGACCACAUGGGUACAAGAGCUGCUAGGCUUUAAGCGGGACGGGAUCUUUCCUCCCGACGAGGUUGCGGCUCGGCGCUUGCGUCGUACGCAUGCGUGGUACUCCGAGGUGAGCGGACGACUCUAUAAGCGGUCUUUCACAUACCCCCUCCUAUGGUGUUUGGAGCCCGACGAAGCUCAGACGGUUCUGGCCACGGUCCACGUGGGAGUCUGCGGGGAACACAUCGGCGGGCGAACCCUAGCACACAAAAUACUUCGCCAAGGUUACUAUUGGCCGACCAUGUGCCGGGACGCGAAGGCUUAUGUACAGCGGUGUAGUUCGUGCCAAGAACACGCCCGCACGCCCCGGCAGCCCGCGGUCCCGCUAACCCCCAUCGAUUGCGCAUGGCCAUUCGCGCAGUGGGGUUUGGACCUGCUCGGACCCUUCCCGCCGGCCUCGAAGUACAUCAUCGUGGGAGUGGAUUAUUUCACAAAGUGGGUUGAGGCCGAGCCGUUGGCGAUAAUCACGGAGCAUCAAAUUGAAAAGUUCGUGUGGAGGAACCUAGUUACUCGGUUCAGUUUGUCCAAAACCAUCAUUACAGAUAACGGGCCUCAGUUCACCGGUAGAAGGUUCCGAGAGUUCUGUGCCAGCCACGACAUCCAGCUAAGGUUCAGCUCAAUGGCUUACCCUCAAACGAAUGGGCUAGCGGAGACCGCGAUUGGAGAGUCCCCUUACAGCCUCGCGUUCGGAACCGAAGCUGUCCUGCCGCCCGAGGUAGCCAUUGCCACCCUUCGGACAAGAAGUUAUGAUGAGAAAGUCUCGAACGAAGGACUUCAAGCCAGCCUCGACGUGCUCGAGGAGCGACGCGCCGACGCGCACUUGAAGGCCCUCUCUUAUAAAAGAGCCGUCGCAAGGGUCUACAACAGGAAGGUACGACCCCGACCAAUUAAGCUAAGCGACCUAGUCCUGUGCAAGACCGAGGUCAGCGACCUGACCCGAGCGAGGGGGAAGCUAGCCCCCAAAUAG